AUGGCGAACGACGACGACGACGACGAUGACGCGAGCGCGUCGAGCGCGACGUGGACGACGCGCGAGCGCCGGGCGCGGGCGCGGGCGAUCGCGCUGGAGGCGACGCGAUGGUCGGAGGUUCGGGUGAUGGGGGACGGGAUGGACGCGCGCGCGCGCGCGAACGCGAGCGAGGUCGAGGGCGCGGACGCGGGGGGGGGUGGGGGGGUUCCUCCGUCCCCGGGAGGGUUUCGCGGAGGGUUGGACGGGCGGGAUGGGGAAGAUCACGCGUCGACGGCGCGGGCGCUGGACGCGCUUCGGGCGCGCGACGCGGGACGCGAAGGGACCGACGGUGGACGGGCGGUGCGCGGGAUGGGAGGCGGGUGGUUGGGGGAGGGGGGUGUCGUCGAGGGUGAGGGGGGAGGUUUGGCGAGCGCGGAGACGUAUGAGGGCGCGGAGACGUACGAGACGGGGGGGGGCGCGGCGAGCGCGGUGGCGUUCGCGAAAGUCGGGGAACGAAGCGUGGCGAUCGGCGACGCGGGAGGGAACUUGGUGGUCGUGCGAUACGCGACGAAUGACGUCGAUAGCGUGCGAGCGUGCGAGAUGGGGGCGCACCGUGGACCGAUCGUGAGCUGCGACUGGAGCACGAGCGGAGCCCGUUUGUUAACCGUCUCAAAGGAUGGGACGUUAAAGGCUUGGAACGUGACGCACACGUCCAAGACGACGAUCCAAAUCACUAAGCAGUGCGAGAUCAACCUUUUUGUGGAGUUGACGUGCGUGAGAUUUCAUUCGUCGCAGGAUGAUGUGGUAUUCGUGGGGACGAGGAGCCGGGAGAUGCUCGUCGUCGACGCGGGUGUGGGUAGUGUCCUCGAGAGAUUCGAGACGAAGGCUGUGCCUCUUUGCGUGGACUCUAACACGAGUGGGAACACGGUAUUUGUCGGCGACGACGAAGGUCAAGUGAGCGUGUUGACGUGCGAGCCUCGUAUGAAGAAGAUGCUCUCGAUGAACUCCGAGGGCGACGCCGCCGUUGAGAAUCCCAUUCAGCGCGUCAUUCAGGAGAGAUCAGCGAGUCAGUCAGAGCGCAUGGGCGUCGUUGGAUUUUCUUCAAAUAGUACGAUUCAAGCAUCAGAAGUCGCAUCGAAGACGUCGCGUAUUCGCGCCGGUUUGAGCGCAAUCAUGCUCAAGGCGAAAAAGGCGGUGCCGAAACUCGUUCAGUUGAAAACAGGAUAUCGUCUUCGACAGGUGACGGUAGUGAGUGGAUCUUUUAAGCCGUCGCCGAUUCGGGCGAUUCGAUACUGUCCAUUCAUUGAAGUCAUGAGUGGUGCCGCUCUGAUGAUCUUUCACGAGUGCGGAGCUGUCGAAAUGUACCACGCUCGAGAUUUACCUUACACUGAUUUCCGUUCCUUUGCUUUAGCCCAAGUCAGUGAUUGGAGGACCCAGAAUGAUUGCGGUGGGGUCGUAUCCUUCACGCACGGACUCACGUUUGAAGUGCCGCUAAUGUCGGCCUCCAUUCUAAAACGCACUGCGAUUUACUCGCUCCCAGCGAGUUCCGGCUUGCCCGCGCGUGCGAUGCAGUACACAGAUACUUUCGACGAAGGAAGUGCAGAUGCCGAUGUUGCGACGGUAUCCGCGUGGUCGCACGACUCAGCUGACUUGUACAUUGGAUAUGCAUCUGGCAAAAUCGUCCACUGGCGACGAAAGCGAACUUCAUGA